AUGAAGAAGCGUUCCGUGGAAGAUUCUGAUAUUGCGAAGGAACUGGAGGAAGCGAAGAAGAAGAUGAACAAGGACAUCGAAGUACUGCAGCGGCAAAUCUUCGAACUGCAAGCCACCAACGAUCGGCUGGACAAGAGUAAAACGAAUAUCCAAUCGGAACUGGAGGAUGCCACCAUCGAACUGGAGACGCAGCAAGCCGUCAACGAUCAGCAUGCCCAGGAACGGGAUGCUGCCGAGCGGGAAGCUCGCGAAAAGGAAAUCAAGGUGUUGUCGUUGACGCGGGAGCUGGACGAAGCGGACGAGAAGAUCGAUGACCUGGAAACGAAACGGAAAGCACUGCAGAACGAGUUGGAGUCGAAGUUUAUGGAAUUCGAGCAAAAGACUUUGGAUUUGGAAAAGCAGAAGCAUUACAUGAAAACAGUUAUUAUUAGUUUAGAGCAAGAAAAAAGUGACAUUUCUUCAAAGUUUGUGGGUUUCGAACGAAAGAUUUUGAAUCUGGAAAUGGAGAAUUACCGUAUGGAGACGGUUAUUAUCAAUUUAGAGCAAGAGAAGAAUGACCAAUCUUCGAAGUUUAUGGAUUUCGAGCGAAAUAUUGUGGAUCUGGAAAAAGAAAACCAUCGUAUGAAAACGGUUAUCAUCAAGCUGGAGCAACAGAAGAGCGAUCUUACUAAAAAAUUGCCAGAAUCUAUUGAUAAAUCGGAAAAGCUACUCAGUGAAAAGGAUACGUUGUCAACUAAAGUUCAAGAACUAGAAGAAAAUUCAAAAUGUUUCAGUAGCUAUGAAAAAGUUACAAGUUUCAAAGGUCCAAUUGAUAAUUUUUGCGUAAUUAAAGAGGAAACGCAGAACAAAUUGACUUCACCACUGAAACAACUAAAGAAUGCCCAUGCGGAGAAAGCAGUGAGCGAAUACCGCAAUACUAAAACUCGGUUGAAAUUGCAACAGCUACAAGAAACUAUCUAUGAUAACGAGAAUUUUUUUCAAGAACCCCAAAGCCAAAUCAAACAACAAGAAAGUGCUCAUGCCAAAGAGGAAGCAACUAUUGCGAGUCUCGCAAAACGAAAAGACUUCGAACCACUGGGCAAUCUUUUAAACGAGAUAGAUUUACUACGAGAUUGUGUCUUUUCGGAAAACUAUGAGUGCCUAACGGAACUUCUGUGGGAUGACCACGGUUGA